AUGGCUCCCACCAAGGACGCUACCGGCGACGUUACAUACAAGAAGAACAAGGGCCUGAAGGACCACAAGAAGGCGCAGAAAGGGAAGGCGCUUGCGAAGCGCACCGCCGCCGCCGAGAAGAUUACCGCGAACAAGGCUUCGUAUCCGCAGGUCGCUACCAUCGUUAUCAACAAGGCUGCACCUGUAAGAGAAGACGUUAUUGGAAAUGCAGUACCGGCGUCCAUGGUAAGGGAAUCUGCGCAGAUUUUCGUGGAUUUAUCUGAUCUUUCUCGAGACGAGUCGACCAGUCAAGAGAAGGCCGUCAACAACGCCGGGACUCUUACUGGAACUCAGACCACCACCGGUACCAAGACCGCUACGCCGCAACCGUACCUCUGCACACAUUUGCCCGUGGUUGUAUUCGAAGACGUCCCUACUGGCUCCAAGAACAACCCUCCAACCAAGGUAGCCAGAAGCCAAACCAAAUUCGAGCAAGAGCCCAAUACUAUAUCUUAUCCCAAGACCGCUCCUUCUCCUCCAAAACACACCUCUCCUCCAAAACCCAACACCACACAAACCAGCAUGCUCAACCCAACCGCCCCAGCAUUCCUCUUCGGAAAGAUCGUAGUCGCCCAAACCCCACCCGCCAAAAUCACCCUCACAAAGGAAGACCUCGCCCCGGGAUGGCCUACCGAAAACGCGAAAGCGUUUGAAAAGGCGUACGGCGUUGUCGCCCUUAACAAGGCUCUCGAAGCCGCGCUGUACGAAAAUAUGGAGACGCCGCGCCAGAGGCUGAUUCGUUGCAAGUACAGGGUUUCUGUUGACGCCGAGUUCCAUCGGGAGGAGCCGGCGCAUGACUUGGAGUGGGCGUUGGCCUUGAUUGGCAAGCCAGUUCGCAAGUGUCUCGACGACAAUGGCUUUGAGAUCACGCCGAUCAAGACUGGGCUGACUGAAGCUGAUUUGACGCAUUCAUCAGCUCUCGACGUAAUGUUCGCAAAGGUCAAAGCCCAAGGCAUCUCCAAAAUCAGCGCUCCCAUCUCCACGGGUUACAAGUCCCCCACCCCCGGUGCCGUAUCAACAAAGCAGCCACUUCCAUCUCGCACCCUGGAGUCCGUCGAGGCUGAAAUGCGUCUCGCCGCUCCAAAACGCCCUUCCCACGCCCCCUCGUUCGCAGACCCCGGUAUCGUCAAGUACACCUUCAACGGCCAGGAUUUCGACAACGUCGGCAACCCGCUCAUGGAAACCGUGAGCCAAAAGGUACUCGGCUGGCUUGAAGACCAGCCAACGGAUCCACCGGAACUCUCACCGGGUUCUUCGCGGCAGCAGAGCCGGGAGUCGUCGCCACUUGAGCCUGGGAAGGGAGUCGUGGCUCUGACGUUUUGUUCAAAGUCUGAGUCUGAAGGAGGACAGGUUUGGCCUGCGCAGGAGAGCUUGCCUUGGGGGGAUGGGCAAGAUGGGUAUACGCAUGGGUCUGGUGUUCCGGUGUACCCGUAUGUUGCUUCUGUUGUUCGGGUUUCUGAUGUGCUUCCUGGUUCGUGCGGAGAACCAGAGUAG